AUGGCGACAUACCUGGCAUCGAUUUACGGCACAGAGAAGGACAAGGUCAACUGUUCGUUCUACUUCAAAAUCGGAGCCUGCAGACACGGCGACAGAUGCUCGCGGAAACACGUUAAGCCCAACUUUUCCCAAACAAUCCUCGUCCCAAACGUCUACCACAACCCCUCCCACGACGCCAAUUGCUCCCUCUCCAAACCUGAGAUUCAGGAAGACUUUGACAACAUCUAUGAGGACUUCUUUGUCGAGCUGGCGAAAUACGGCGAGAUCGAGGAAAUGCAUGUCUGUGAUAACAUUGGUGACCAUCUCGUUGGGAACAUCUAUGCCAGAUUCAAGUAUGAGGAGGAUGCUGGAAAUGCUGUCGAGAGUUUGAAUAACCGAUUCUAUGCUGGAAGACCACUCUGGGCGGAACUGUCUCCCGUUACAGAUUUCCGUGAAGCAGACAGGAAUCUGAAGCGGGAGCUCUUUGCAUCUCAGAGGAACUAUCAGCGUGAAAAGCGGCGCGAGGAACGACACAGGGAUCACAGCCAUCACAGCUCUGUUGCCCCUGAAGACGCAGAGCACAUGAACCCAGAACCCAGCCAUCAUGCUUAG